AAGCAAUAUUUAAGUGUUUGGAGUACUUUAAACCAAAGGUACAAUGCUGUUACUAGGAUUACUUGAAGUUCCAACAUGGCUUGCCUUUAUCCUGUUUAUAGUGUUUAUCUUUUACCUAUACACAGCCAGGAAACACAGUCUAUUUCGCCGAUAUGGAAUCCCUGCGGCAAAACCGAGCCCAUUUAUUGGUGGAUUUGCUUCUCUAACAAAAAAAGGAAUUAUGGCUAGUGAAUAUGAUACAGUCAUGAAAUACGGAAAAGUUGCAGGAUUUUUUAUUGGAAAUUUGCCAACAAUUUUUUUGACGGAGCCAGAUAUUAUACGAGAAAUAUACAUCAAGCGUUUCAAUGAUUAUCCAAAUCGCUCAAAGGCUACCUACGUUACAAAGUUUUGGGAACAAACAGUUCUACAAACAACUCAUUAUGACAACUGGCGAUUUCUACGAUCCACACUGACACCUGGCUUCACUAGCGGAAAACUUCGUAAAAUGGAUACGAUUGUCAUCAACUGCGUAGAUAAGACAAUGAAUCAGUUGAAAGAGAUGACGAAACAAUCAGAAUACUUGAUAGAUGUUGUACCAGUUUUCAAAAAUAUUACGCUAGAUAUAACAUGUCAAUCGGCAAUGGGCGUGAAGCUGGAUGUAGAGGAUCAGGUGAAUGAAGACUUAAAAAGACAAGUAUCAAGAUUAUUAAACUUUAGUCUAGAAAAGAAUCCCUGGUUGUUGCUCCUGUUUUUCAUACCUGAUGUGAAGUACAUAAUGAAACUAUUUGAUAUAGACUUUAAUGAUGCAAAAGCAGUUGCGUACAUUAAACAAUCAUUGGACACCAUUGUAAAAGAACGCAAGGAAGAUAAGAAUUCAGAAAACAUUCAAGACUUGCUUCAGUUGAUGAUAAAUACACAAAAGGAAGAGAAAACAGCAAGAAAAACAUCACAAUCAUCAGAAAAGGAAACUGACAAUCUGACAGAACAAUCUGAUAAACAAAUAAAACUGGAAAAACCACAUCGUGGGAUGACGGAUGACGAAAUAUCUGCCAAUGCGAUGGUGUUCCUGUUUGCAGGAAAUGACACAACAUCAACAGCGAUGAUUUUCACAGCAUACUUUCUUGCAACGCAGCUCGAGUGGCAGGAAAAAAUUGUAAAAGAAAUUGAUGAGAACAUUGGCAGUUCCGAACCGGAUUACGACAACAUUCAAAAACUUGUCUGUCUCGAUAUGUUUGUUUCGGAAUCGAUGCGACUGUAUCCGCCUAUAACUAGAAUCAAUCGUAACAUUGACUUUGAUUGUACAGUAGGGGAGUACAAGUUUCCGGGCGGAGUUUCAAUCACAACACCUGUGUUCACUUUACACCGACUUCCUGAAUUUUGGCCAGACCCAGAAAAGUUUGAUCCGGAAAGAUUCUCAGCAGAAAACAAGACAAACAUUCUUCCCUAUACAUAUCUGCCUUUCGGCGCAGGUCCAAGAAACUGCAUAGGGAUGAGGUUCGCAAACAUGGUGUUAAAAAUGACAUUAGUAAAAAUGCUGCAGAAUUUCAAGAUAAAGCCAUCUCCAGACCUACAAAUACCACCGAAACUAGAGAAGCAUGUGUUCUGUAAACCAGUGGGUGGUAUGAAAUUAAUUUUAGAGAGACGACAGUAAGCUUUGUUGAUCACAGGUCUCCAAUGUCUUCAGAAUGAGACUAUUAUAAACUGUAAAUUGAACAAUUCUGACAAUGUGAUGUAAAUAGAGACUGAAAGGUGUUUGAAUAAUCAUGUUACAUAUAAAUUAUCAAGCACCAUUUUUUAACAAAAUACAUGACUGUAUAUAAGGUAGUACUAGUAAACAUUGGUUUGAAGACAAUAAAUUUUACAUUUAUUCUUA